AUGGUCAAGAUCAGCAUCAUCUCCGCCCUCUUCUUCGCUCUCUCCGUUACGGCGCUCACCCCCAACAACGCCGGCGCCAGCGCGGUCGGCAAUGGCCAAGGCAAGCAGUUCACGACGGGCGGCUGCGUGAGCGACGCCGACUGCCAGCAGGGCUGCUGCGCGGGCGGCGCCACGUCCAUCACCGGCCGCGCCGCGGGCAUCUGCUCGGGCAUCGGCGCCGAGUUCCAGAACGGCAAGACGGGCUGCGGCUUCCAGGACCCCAACGCCCAGCAGAACAUUGCCGACGCCAAAGCCCAGGCCAAGAAGCAGGGCUUCAAGCGGGUGGUUCGCGAGGAAUAG